GUGACGUUAGAGGACUUUGAAAUGGAGCCGUUUAAAGGAGGAGGUUAUAUAGAAGAUAUUUGCGAGAUGACAACGAACCUGUACCCCGGACGACAAAAUAUCAUAUGGAGAAAAUUGAUCCAAUUGAUGAUGGAGACAGCUGUAAUUCUGAUUCAAUUGAAGAUAACAGCAUUUGGAAUCAUCCAGAGCAGUCCAUUGAUGACCAUGCAAAUAGAGACAGUGAUGCUACAGGUGCUGCAAGUUUGGACUCUGACAUUGAGCAACCCACUGGGCACGCUGUAGAUGACAGUGAUGAGGAAGAGUGGAGACCAAACGAUGAACCACAACAGUCCAUUGAUGACCAUGCAAAUAGAGACAGUGAUGCUACGGGUGCUGCAAGUUUGGACUCUGACAUUGAGCAACCCACUGGGCACGCUGUAGAUGACAGUGAUGAGGAAGAGUGGAGACCAAACGAUGAACCACAACAGUCCAUUGAUGACCACGCAAAUAGAGACAGUGAUGCUACAGGUGCUGCAAGUUCGGAUUCUGACUUUGAGGUUAAUGAUGACAUGAUGAGGUCCCCACUGUACAAAGGAGCAUUGGUUACUCUUGGACAAACCAUUCUACUUCUGAUGGCCUUUGCUGGAACUGUUGGAUUGACGCAAGAUGGUUUGCAAACACUUCUCCAAAUGUUAAUUAUCAUAUUACCACAAGAUUCCCACUUGCCAGCCACCAAAUACCUCUUAAAAAAACUUUUCAAAACUGGGAAAUAUGAUUUUCAUGUUUAUUGCCCCAACUGCUGUUGUGUUUUGGAAAAUAAUGAAUGCAAGGCAUGCAAUCAGUUUUUUGAAAAACCCAAAUUGGUGAAAAAUGGUAACUUCUUUUUUACACUUCCGCUUAUCGGCCAACUGAAACAUGUCCUAGAGACUUUGAAUCUCGGAGAGUCAUUGAACUACAGAAAGACCAGGCCAAGUAACUCUGACACAAUUUCAGACAUUAUGGAUGGAAAAUUGUACGAAGAAAUGUUCAAAAAGUCAAAUUUAAAAAAAGAUUACUCUUUUAGCUUUACUUUUAAUUCUGACGGUGUACCUAUCUUCAAAUCCUCCUCUUUUUCGAUCUGGCCCUUGUUGUGUUACAUAAAUGAGCUCCCACCUAAUAUAAGGAAAAAGAACAUGUUUUUAACAGGACUAUGGUUUGGUGUGAAAAAACCAACAAUCUCCACAUUUUUUAGACCAUUUAUCAACGAAAUGAAAACUCUUGGUUCAGCAGGUUUUGAGUGGUGUUUAAAGGGGAAAAUUAUAAAAUCUUACGUGUAUGCUGUAAUUUGUUCGUGUGAUAGUGUGGCUCGGGCUAUGAUACAAAAUAUCAAGCAAUUUAAUGGGAAAUUUGGCUGCAACUGGUGUCUACAUCCAGGGGAAAGAGUCGAGAAAGGUAAAGGAAAUGUUCAAGUGUAUCCAUACAUGGAAGAAGUGACCGAACGCUCUCACAAAGAUAUGGUUCAAUGUGGAAGUAAUGUAGUGGUUGGUGAAACCUUUGGUGUGAAAGGACCCACACCUUUGAUGUCGCUGCCUUUUUUUGACAUUGUCUCUGGAUUUAUUGUUGACUCCAUGCAUUGCAUUGAUUUAGGCGUGAUGAGACAGCUGUCUACCCUGUGGUUCGACAGUUCUUACCAUAGAGAGCCCUGGUAUAUUGGAACAAGGAUCAAUGAGAUAGAUAAGAAGAUGGAACAUUUUCAACCUCCAUCUAACAUCACAAGAAUGCCUAGAUCUAUCCUAACCAGAGCCUACUGGAAAGCCUCAGAAUGGCGAGCUUUUCUCUUGUUUUAUGCUCCCAUUGUUUUAAAAUCUGUUCUUCCAUGUAGAUUUUUUGAGCACUUCCUCCUUUUGUGCCAAGCAAUUUUUGUCUUGCAAACAACAACAAUAACACAGCUGGAGCUCUUUUAUGCAUCUCAACACCUGAAUGAGUUUGUGCGGAAUUUUGAGACCUUGUAUGGUAAAUCACAUAUGACAUACAAUGUUCACAUUCUUCUUCAUCUUAGUGACAGUGUCAGAAACUGGGGCCCCUUAUGGUGCUAUAGUGCAUACAGUUUUGAAGGAUGCAAUGGAUUUCUGCUGAAACUAUACAAUGGUACACAGUCUGUACCCUUACAGAUAGUAAGAUCUUUUCUCUUACUAAAACAAGUAGAAUGCAUUGGCAAGAUUGUGAUGACAAAUGCUCACCCUAGAGUGAAGCAGCUGUUUGACACAGUGCUCGAUGGUUAUAGUACAACUAAACAUGCAAGAAGAGUGAACGGCACUGUGCUUUUUGGACACGGUUGCUUUAGAGCUCUUGAUCUAUACGAAAGGGAUGCUAUUGAGCAACAUCUCGGAUACCCUGUCAGAGAUCAAGCUAUGUUUUACCACAAAGCUGUAGUUAACUCUCAAAUAUUUCUGAGCAUUAAUUACAGAAGAAAACUCAAAAGGGAUAACACUCUGGUCAAGAUAUCUGAUGGCAGUGUUUGCCAGAUAGUCUCAUUUGCCAAUGCUGUGAGUAACACUGGCUGUGAACAUGCAUUAUGUCUAGUGAGAAAGUGUGUGUCAAAACCAAGAUUGUAUCUUCAAGCCUACUAUGGUGAAUCUAGGUGCCAGAUUAAGCAUGUAAUGUCAAUACCAUCUGAAUUUGGUGAUUUGAUUGCUCUGGACAUAUGCCAACUUUCAGAAAAAUGCAUAGUGUAUAGAAAAGAAAGUGGUUGUGUUCUUUUUUGCUUAAUGCCAAACACUUUUGAGCGAGAUUAACAUCUGAGCAUGCCUGGUUACUUUGGCAGGCAGUAAGGUUCAAAUUUAAGAGCAAGGAUUUGUCUUGAGAAAUCAUUAUACUAAAGCCA